GGGAGGGAGGGGGCGGGGGUGGCCCAGUGCAAAGUGCAUCCUGAAAGCCCCCCGCCUGGCGCCCCCGCGGCUGCUCCGGAGGACCCUGCCCGGAGCCGAGACCUCGCUGCCCGGAGGGCCCCCGUGUCCUCGCCGCCUCGGAGCUGGGAGCCUCCGGCCCGGACCGCGGCAGCCCCUCUUGCUUCGGAGCGCCCUCAGACCGGGAACCCCCCCCCCCCCACCCGCACCCUGUCCCCGAGCCGGGACUUCCUCCCUGCACCCCUGCCCUGGGGCUGCCCCGAGGACGGGACCGCCGCCUAGCGUCUGCUCGGCUGUGUGGAUGCUCGCCGGGGCUGGGGCCGGGUGGCUCCGGAACCCCCCGUGUCCGGCCCUGCCCGAGGCAUCUCUUUCUUCAAUGGAGAAGUUGGUGAGUGUGGAGGAGGCUGAGAGCAGGGAGCGCCGCCGCAGCUGAGGAGACAGGUUUGCUGUUUGCCUACCCCAGUCUGCAAAGCCAGAGGAGGCCUGCCCACCCACCUGGGAAGCAGUCCAGGACUUCUGAGCAGCAGCAUCCUCCUCACAGGCCCUGAAGCCCAUCGGUGUCUGGAGGCAGAGCCCGCGCCCCACGAUGCUGUAUGUGCAUCAUGCUCGGUAGGCAGCGCCCGCCCGGGAAAAGGCGCUUUCUUCCCAAAGGCUGACCCCCGCGACCCGAUGCGCCCCCUGUGACCGCGAGGAUGUUGCACCACCAUUGCCGGAGGAACCCCGAGCUGCAGGAGGAGCUGCAGAUCCAGGCCGCCGUGGCCGCGGGCGACGUGCACACCGUGCGGAAGAUGCUGGAGCAGGGCUACUCCCCCAACGGCCGCGACGCCAACGGCUGGACCCUGCUCCACUUCUCCGCGGCCCGCGGCAAGGAGCGGUGCGUCCGCGUCUUCCUGGAGCACGGAGCCGACCCCACGGUGAAGGACCUGAUCGGCGGCUUCACGGCGCUGCACUACGCCGCCAUGCACGGCCGCGCCCGCAUCGCCCGCCUCAUGCUGGAGUCGGACCACCGCGGCGACAUCAUCAACGCCAAGAGCAACGACGGCUGGACGCCCCUGCACGUGGCCGCGCACUACGGCCGGGACUCGUUCGUGCGGCUCCUGCUGGAGUUCAAGGCCGAGGUGGACCCGCUGAGCGACAAGGGCACCACGCCGCUGCAGCUGGCCAUCAUCCGGGAGCGCUCGAGCUGCGUGAAGAUCCUGCUGGACCACAGCGCCAACAUCGACAUCCAGAACGGCUUCCUGCUGCGCUACGCCGUCAUCAAGAGCAACCACUCGUACUGCCGCAUGUUCCUGCAGCGCGGCGCCGACACGAACCUGGGCCGGCUGGAGGACGGCCAGACGCCGCUGCACCUGUCCGCGCUGCGGGACGACGCGCUGUGCGCCCGCAUGCUCUACAGCUACGGCGCCGACACCAACACGCGCAACUACGAGGGCCAGACGCCGCUGGCCGUGUCGCUCAGCAUCUCCGGCAGCGGCCGGCCCUGCCUGGACUUCUUGCAGGAGGUCACACGGCAGCCCCGCAACUUGCAGGACCUGUGCCGAAUCAAAAUCCGGCAGUGUAUAGGCCUUCAGAACCUAAAGCUACUUGACGACCUGCCCAUUGCCAAGGUCAUCAAGGACUACUUAAAACACAAAUUCGACGGCAUCUGACGCCAGGCUGCGGGCCCUCCGUUCCGGAUUCCCCUGGGGCCGUCGGCCCAGCACAAAGUAUAUCCUAUGCAAUUUCUGACCCGCUGCGAAGUCAGAAAGCAGGUGUACACUUUUAGACUUUUUUGUUGUUGUUGUUGUUGUUGUUGUUGUUCUUUGUUCGUUUUUAUUUUUUUAUUUUUCCGUUGU